GAGAUAGAUAACUGUCGCCUCGGCUGUUGAGUAAAUGAGACGUUACUUUCACGUGAGAUCAAUAAGGGGUUGUGCCAACACAGAACUGCCUACAGGUCUUCCCCAGAUUUCCUAUGAGGCCAUGUGUCAUUCAUGACCGCCACGUAUCAUUGUAUUUGUACACGUAGAUAUAUCCAACAAAUCAGUAAACACGAGAGGAGCAAUCUUUUUUAAGAUGUAGAAAAGAAAGAGACUCUCUGUGAUAGAACUAAGAAACAGUUAAGUUUAUAGCAUCAAAAUAAGUAAAAUGUCAAGUGAGGAGUUCAGGCUGGUUUCGCCGACGAUAGACAACGACGGUAAUUUGCCGAGAAAGUAUACCCAGGGAGGUCAAGGUGCUAAGAAAGAUCUCUCUCCUCCUCUUGAAUGGUACAACGUUCCAGAAGGUACAAAAUCGCUAGCAUUGGUGGUGGAAGACAUCGAUGCGCCAGAUCCUAGUGGACCGCUCGUGCCAUGGACGGUGUGGGUUGUCGUCGACAUACCACCAGAGAUGAAAGGCCUACCGGAAGGAUAUUCCGGCACUGAGGAGCAGACUACCGGUAUUCGGGAAGGGAACAACGAUCACAAGAUUCCGGGAUGGCGUGGGCCUCUCUUGCCUAGUCACGGUCACCGUUUUCAGUUCAAGCUUUUCGCUCUCGAUGAUACACCCAAGAUUGGUCACACGGUGACAAAAGAGAGAUUGCUGAUCGCAAUUGAAGGGCACGUGCUAGGAGAAGCCAUCUUGACGUGUGUGGCCUAAUUAUGUCGUCGUUUUAGUCAUAAGGCCGUUUGAUAUGUAUCAUAGUUUUAAGGUUUUGUCUAAGGAGGGCUAUUAGCUCAGGUUGUUAGGAGCAUGGGAGGAUGUUCGUUACGUUACAGUUGAAAAACUUGAAAUCAAUAUACGGCUAAAUAAUUAAAAAGUAUAUGAUAAAUAUUAUUUAUUUUAAAAUUGUAAUUUAUAUUUAGAGAUUUUUUCGUAUGGACACUCAAGCCGCUGAACGCCGCAAGCAUG